AGGAAAAUUACUUUAAAAAAAAAAUAAUACUGAUUCAAAAUGACUCAGCUAAUUUUUACUUUAUGUCUGUUUUUCUCUAUUUUCUACUCUUUAACUGCACUUACUUGGAUUAAUUGUGCUAUGGUUAAAUGCAAAGCACCAGAGGGAUGUAAAGCUGGGACAGUCAAAGACUUUUGUGGUUGUUGUGACAUAUGCGCUCAGGCAGUUGGUGAAGUAUGCGGAGGGAUACUGUUAAAUACUAAAAAGUGUGGCAACGAGUUAACAUGUGUCAAGAACAAAAGUACAGAUUUGAUGGGAAUAUGUCAACCAAAAUGCGGACCCGUGUGCAAAAUAUUUUGCGAGUAUGGAAAUGUUCUUGAUGCAAAUGGAUGUCCGACUUGUCGUUGCAAUGAUCCACCAAUAUGCGGACCAGUGUGCGAUAUAUAUUGCCCAUAUGGAAAUGUACUUGACGCGAAUGGAUGUCCAACUUGUCUUUGUAAUAGUCAACCAAUAUGUGGGCCUGUGUGUAUGAUUUUCUGUGAAAAUGGAAAUGUUCUUGAUGAAAGAGGAUGUCCAACCUGUCAAUGCAUCAAGAACGUAGUUUAGUUCAAAGAAAAUAUUUGGCACGUUUUUAUUCAAAACUUUGGUUUACGGAUGUGAAUUUAUGUACGCCUUUUAUAAAGCUUCGAUUUUUCAUUAUGUAAUACUUUUGUAAAGAUAAAAUUUGUAAUUGUUAUGAACAAUAAUAUUUAUAUUCAUUGUUAAA